AUGCGCCUCCUCGCAGCUCUCUCCCUAUUAACAACGCUUACCACAAGCUCCUCCCUUCCCUCGCCUCAGCACAUCUUCUCCAACCCCUCCCCCGACGACUCCAACACCGACUACCGCAUCCCCACCAUCCACGAGUCCGCCAUCCAAGCGCGGCGCAUCCUCAGCCUCGAGACAAUCGGCACGCUCUCAACCGUCUUCCCGUCGAGCCAUGACUCCCUCUCGCCGUCCGAGAACCGCCCCUCAGGGCUAGGCGGCGCCCCAAUAGGCCUCAUGGACUACUACGGCGACUGCGAGCCCUCAACCGGCAACCCGACUAUCCUCGCCAUCAGCAUCGCCACGAGCUUCAAGAACGUGGCCGCCGGCUCAAACAUCACGUUGUCGUUGCGGUGGCACCCGCAGCACGGACACCCGCCGUCUCAUGCCUUCCACUCCGCCGCCGCGCUGCCGCGGUUCUCGCUGAUCGGGCAUCUGGAGGAGCUAGACGAGGACGAAGUCACCAAGGCGGGUGUGGCGGCAUGCUUUGUCAAGAAGCAUCCAGAUGCCGCCUGGUGGUUACCCGGGAACAGGAUUCACGAGUCUAGGUGGGUGAGGCUGGUUGUGGAGGAGGUGUAUUGGAUCGGCGGGUUUGGGGAUCGGGCGUAUAUUGGGUGGAUCCCGGUCGAGGAAUGGAGGAAUGUUACGAGGGAGGAGAUGGAGAGGAGCAAGCUGCCUGGGGAAAAGACUGGGUGGCGGGAAUGGUUUGGGGGUGGACUUGGGUGGGAGUUGUAG